AUUAAAAGAAACCCCAAUGGCGCCAAAAAGAAAUUGUCUACCGAGACGACUCUUGACGGCGGGUGAAGAUGGAUCCCUGCAGUGGGAACUCUCCCCCAUUGGGUUAGAUUUUUUUUUAGAUUUUUUUUGGAUAACUCACACGUCGUUUUAUAUCAAAUAUAAAAUGAAGAAAUUUCAAUUAUUUAAAAUCAAUAUACUGUGUUUACAGUGUAGACUCCGACGUCAACAACACAACGCUGAAAAGAUCCUCUUCUGGGGUUCUAGCUAUUCCCUUCAACCUGUCAGAUUUGGACGAUGCAGUCUUUAUAUCGGACGACGAACAAGACGAAAGUCACGUCCCUGCAUCCCAAAAGAAGACACCCCAAAAGAAGACAAUGUCAAAUUAAUUGAAUAAAUAAUGUAUUAUCUUGCAAA